UCCGGCUCGAAGCGCAGGAGCCGAAGCGGGCAGCGCUGGUUGGGCAGGUGGACGAGCAAGACGCCCCGCGAUCCUCUCCCGCGCAAGAGCCCCGCGCGCCCCUUCCCUGUCGGGCACCAUGCGGCCGUCGGAGCGAGCCUGCCUCCUGCUUGCCAUCUUGCCCGUCGCCUUGCUCGCCCUGGCACCGCAGCGCACCUCGCUCCCUCCGGCCCCUGCCAAGGACGCCAGCGGCGGCAGCGGCCCCAGCCAGGGCGACCCCCAGAAAGCCUCGCCCGCCUCGCCACCGCCGCCGCCUCCUCCGCCGCCCUUCGCCGGGAAUCACAGCGGCGGCGCCCAGCGCAACCCGGUCCUGGCGAUGCUGCGCGAUUUGCCGGCGCUCAAGGCCGCUGUCAUCGGAGCCUGCGCGGCCAGCGCCUGUCUGAUGGCCUGCCUGCUGUUUCGCGUCUUCAGGUCUAAGAGGAGGAAUAAAAAACCCCGUAAAUAUGAUAUUAUUACAACUCCAGCAGAACGGGUGGAAAUGGCUCCCUUAAAUGAAGAGGAUGAUGAAGAUGAAGAUUCCACAGUGUUUGAUAUAAAAUAUAGGUGAGGUCAUUGGACUGGACUUCUGGAGAACCUGUAGAAAAUGAUGCAAGAACUUUGGAACCAAAGGAGAGAUGGAGAAUAAUCUUUUUUGGAUCCAUAACAUUUUGAUCAACUCCUCUUUUAAACAGAAAAAAGUGGAUGUCGGAUUUGACACUUGUCCCAUUCCUAAAUAAAUACAUCUGUUACCUUCCUGGAUGAAUGAUGUGAUGAAUCGAAGGAUUUCUUC